ACUCGUACGGCAUCGGGAGAAGAAUAUCCUGGAGAAACUGAUUCGAGCAGGGAGAAGUUCAUUUGAGACUCGACUGGAUCCCGUGUGAGAGGCUGACAAGAUGUGCGAUUGCGGCUGCUAUUCGUAUUGUCUGCACGACUCGACCUGUUACUCCCACAGUCAUUAUCACACCCAUUCCCAUCACUGCUGCGCAGGCUACAAGUAUCUGAAGUGCCUGUGUCGCUACUACAGACACGUGCACUGCACAUGCUCCUGUUGGCGCCGGAAAUGCUACCUGCUCUAAGAUGGCGCUGGAUGCAGUUGCAGAGCCAGAUGUGGACGCUACUCCCUUCCUCCACACCACUCUAAAGGAGGAGGCUUGCUCUGGUCCGGUCCGGUCUGGCAAGACGUUUUGGAGAGAAGCACGAAAAUCAAAACUCAAAUACGAAAAUACGCAAAAUGAUA